UCGCUGGUCCCUCACGACCACGUCCGGUCCCUGGUACAAGAGAUAGAGACAACUAUGAGGAGGAUCUUACCCGUAUGAUCGCACAACUGGAACUCUCUGAUGUAGAGAGACUACAGACCUUAUAUGAUAACAGAGUGCACCGAGGAGAGGGACUCACUGAUCGCGAAGUUGCCUUCGCAUUGUUGAUGCAGAAUGCUCGAGAACUUGCAGAGUUCAAUGCUGAUCGGGAACUUGCCCAGCGACUCGCUGUUGAAGAGCUUGAUCCUGCACCUGCUAGCAACGGCAACACCCGCCUUGACUAGCUUGAGAAAUGCGACGCUACAAAAGCAAACAUGGGGCCAAUGGUUUGCCUCCUUGUUUUCGGCGCCUGUGUCGGAUGGUCAGACACCAACACUGGCAAACCCAGGUCAAGCGCCCACCACUGCGGCUAGGCCAGCUCUUCGGGCUACUGGCCACGAUUGCGUGAUCUGUCAGGACCCCAUCUUCGGAGUGGAAAUUCGGGCACCAUGCGGCCACUUUUAUGAUAUCGGCUGCGUCACCGACCUAUUCCAAUCAGCAACUCGCGAUGAGAGUUUGUACCCUCCUAGAUGUUGUCGCCAGAACAUUCCACUCCCACAAGUUCGGUCUCACCUGGCACAGACAGUCCUCGCUGAAUUUACCCUCAAAGCUGAAGAAUUUGGGACCAUGAAGCGCGUUUAUUGUGUUUCACCAACAUGCAGCCGUUUCCUCGGGCCAUUGCAUGAGGGAUUUUUCAGCAAGGUCUUUCAAUGCACAUCCCCUACGUGUACGAUGUCGACAUGUGGAAAAUGUCGUGGUAGAUACGAAGGGUUCACCCAUCUCUGCACUCCCGAUGCAGAGAUUGAGCAAGUUCUCACACUCAGCCGCGCCUCGGGGUGGGCACGCUGUCCAGGCUGUGCUCAGAUGAUCGAGCUUAACAUGGGGUGUUUCCACAUGACCUGCAGAUGCAGGACAGAGUUUUGCUAUUUGUGCAAAGCACUCUGGAAGAGCUGCAGGUGCCCGCAGUGGGACGAGGCCAGGCUGUUGGCUGCUGCAGAGCGUCGCGUGGAUGCUCAACUACUGCCUGAGCGUCGCGCCCAGCCUGCUAAUCCUCUCCAACAGGCACCUGCAGCACGCCAACCAGUGCCAGCUGCUGGCGCUGCUAGGAAUCGGCCUAUUAAUCUACCUAGACCGGGACCUGCGGUACCGCCCAGACAAGCGCCAGUCGUCAAUAUUCCUCCGGUUCCUCCUCGACAAGUUCCUGUAGCAGCACCCAGACCAGCACCAGUUGCCAAUAUCUUGCACACGACUCGUCGUCCUCAGCCACCUAUCCCAGCACCUCCUCCUGUCUUACCCCGUACCACGACUCUUAAUCGCCAGGAACAAGCACCAGCACUUCUUGCAGCACCCCCUUCCCAGACUCAGAGGACUCGUCGUGCUGAAACGCGAGCAUUCCUUUCAGCAUGGUCCACACGAGUGCCACAGCCACAGCCCACGCCAACUGCAACAACGCCGGACUCGGAUAGGAACACUGUCAGACAGCGUAUGAUCAGGGAGACCAUGGAUCGUCUCAGAGUGGACCAUGACUGUGACCACAGAAGCUGGAAAUUCCGGCGCGGUGGUGGACGUUGCGAGAGCUGCGAGGUGCAUCUCCCGCUAUACCUCUUCCGUUGUGCAGGGUGUCAGAUGAACGCUUGUAACAGGUGUCGCCGAAACCGUCUGUGAAAAUGAUUAGACCCAAAUUCUUGAUGCUUUGCUGAUAAGUCACUUGUGACUUUGUGACUUCGAUCUUGGACCAGAUUGUUUUCAGGCACUACAAUGCGUUGUAUACUUGGACUGGUACGACGGUGGCGGUCUUUCUU